CCGCCAAGGAGAGGAACUAAACGCACAGCAACUCCUGUUCAAGAGGAAGAAGUUCAUGAGCCUAAACAGAUGAAAAAGAAAGAAAAGGUUGUAGAACCAGAUCUACGAGGUAUUACGACACCAGGUGUUGCGCUCACAGUUGGUCAAGGUGAUGUGGGACAAUUGGGCCUCGGUGAAGAUGUUAUGGAGAAAACCCGACCAGCUGUCAUUCCGGGGCACAAUGACAUAGUGGCAAUAGCCGCUGGAGGUAUGCACAACGUCUGUCUGACCAAGUCCGGCAAGGUACUGACCUUCGGGUGCAAUGACGAAGGAGCACUGGGACGCGAUACUUCAGUAGAGGGCUCAGAGACUACUCCUGGAUCGGUGGAGUUGGAUGGUACUGUUGUUCAAGUGACUGCAGGUGACUCCCACAGCGCUGCCUUAUUAGAUGAUGGACGAGUGUUUGCCUGGGGAUCUUUUAGGGAUUCACAUGGAGGUAUGGGCUUGACACCUCGAGGCAAAGAGAGUCUACCGAUAGAAGUGUUGCCGACGAUUAAGAUAGUCAAAAUAGCAUCUGGAGCUGAUCAUUUAGUGAUGCUGACAGACCGGGGUCGUGUUUACACUUGUGGAUGCGCUGAGCAAGGACAGCUUGGACGUAUUCCGCCAAGAUCAGUAGACCGACACUCCCGUAAUGCCUUGUUACAUAUACUUACUCCAGGGCUAGUGGGUUUUAAAGUUUCCCGUAAUUUGGUGUUCGAUGACAUCUGGGCUGGCCAGUAUUGCACUUUGACGAGAGAUCGCAAGACUGGCGAUAUUUGGGCGUUUGGAUUGAAUAACUAUCACCAAAUAGGUCUUAAAGACACUGUACCAUAUUUCCAGCCUAAUUUAUCAAAAACUUUUAGUAAUAAACAAUGGAAACAUAUCAGCAGUGGUCAGCAUCAUACAAUAGCUCUCGAUGAUCUUGGUUGUGUUUAUGUUUUGGGACGGAAAGAAUACGGUCGACUUGGUCUAGGUCCUAAUUGUAAUGAUGCCACAGAAUUGACUAAAGUUGAAAGCUUAGAAAAGAAAAAAGUUAUUGAUGUUGCUGCUGGUAGUGCGCAAUCUUUUGCUGUUACUGAUUCUGGAGAAUUAUAUGCUUGGGGUAUGGGAACAAGCGGCCAACUGGGUACUGGUGAAGAAGAAGAUGUCGACACUCCGGUGCUAAUAAAAAGCAAACAAUUAGAAGGCAAAAAUGUUGUACGAGUUGCAGGCGGAGGGCAACACACAAUAAUCCUCGCUCAAACUCAUCCUUCGAAGGCAAAAACUGCUGGUUAA